AUGUUUCGGCGUAAAUUAAUAAUUCAAAUAAAGGAUAAGAUUAUUAAACAAUUUGGAAUCUCAACAUAUGAUGCAGACUGGAUUCUAGGUAGAAGGAAAAAGAAUGAGGUGAAGUUAUUGCAAUGUAAAUUUGAACAACCUGAUGGAAGCAAAGCCAUUUUAUAUAAAAUUGAGAUAACUAAGGAGAAUUCUAAAAGGAUUUUAUAUUCAAAACUUAAUUCUCUUAAUAAACUUGAAGAAAAUAACUCAAAUGAGAUAAUUGAAAAUAAAGAAAUUAAUUUACAUAUUUCCAAUGAAAUAUCUAAAAUUGAAAUAGAUUUACCAUAUUUACCUACAAAUUUACCAUGGCUAUUUGAUAUAGGUAAUAAUUUAAUUAUACCUUCUUUACAACUAUUAUGGAUAUACGGUGAUUAUAUAAAAAUUCCAGAAGUAAUUAUUCCAACUUGUAUUAGCCAAUUUAUUUUCAAUGGUGCAGAUCUAAUGAUGUGUGGGAUUAUAGUACAAAAAUCAAUUAAUUUAAAAACAAUUAAUAAAGGUCAAUUAUGGAGUGUUAGAUGUGAAUUUGAUAAAAAACCAAUUGCUCUAGGUAUUUCAUUAGUAGAUUGGAUAGAUUUAGUAAAUUCUAAAUUUAAGAAAGGAAAGGUUUUAAGAAUCCUUCAUCAUAUUAAAGAUAAUUUAUCUAAAGAAGGAGGUUUUGAAUUCAAAUUAACAACAGAAACAGAUCAAAUAGUAGAAAGUGUAAAUGAGAAUGGAAAUGAAAUUAAAUAUAUUAUUAAUGAAUCUACUAACAAUCUUAAAAAUUUUAAUAAUAAAAUGCAAAAUCCUAAUAUUGAAAUUUAUUCAAAAUUUAUUGAUUCUAAAAAUGAAUCUAAAACAUCAGAAAAUUCAUAUAUUAAUAGUGAACAAAUCCAAAAUAUUCAAAUUAAUCAGAAUAACUUAUCUGAAUAUAUAUUACCAAUUUUAGAUGAUGAUUUGUCAUUAUCACUACAAUCUAUUAAAGAUAAUUAUUCUUUUUGGGAUAUUAUUAGUGAAUUUAUUCUAAUCAAAAUUUUAACAUCAAUAGAAUUAAAUCAACUUCCACUUGAAAUAUCUGCUAUUUGGGAUAAAAUAAAUCGUCUAUAUAAUAAAUCUAGUCAAAAACAAUUAAAUAUUAAAUUAACUUCCCAUGGAAAAAUAUCUAAGUUUUUUAUAUAUUAUCAAAAACUUGGAUUUUUUAUAUUAAAACAAGGACGAAAUAAUAAUCAAACAAUUAUAUCAAUUAAUAAAAAUAUUAUUGAUGAUACAUAUAUAAAAAAUAAAUCUUUAUAUGAUGAAAUUUUAUAUAUUCAAAAAUUAUUAUCAAGAGAUUUAUAUGAUAUUCAAUUAUUUAAUAAUUGUAAAGAUACAAAUAAAGAUAAAAAUAAAAAUAAAUCUAAUGAUAUUAAUUUAUCCCUCAAUAGUAUGGAAAUUAUUACAAUAUAUCAACCGUUAUCAUCUAUUCAAGGUAUAUUUGAUUUUGUUCAAUCAAAGUUUGAAAUAAUCAGUUCAAAUAUUCAACCUCUUAUAUCUGGAGAGGUUUUUAUAAUUAAAACAUCAAAAGGUGAAAAAUUACAGACUUUUUAUUCAUCUAAACAAAUUAGAAAAAUCCUUGAAAUUUAUAUUAAUUUAAAUAAUUUAAAAGUUAAGGAUCCAGUUGAAGAAAAUAAUCGUAAAUUAUCUCAUGUCAAACUUGAUCAUUUACUUUCAAUUAUUUAUAAAUCAGAUAUUAAUGCAGAUAUUAUUUCAUUAGCUUCUAUUUUUAAGGAUUUUUUUAAAUUUCUUAAUACAUUCCAUUAUAUUAAGACAAAUAAUCAAAAUAAGAAACAAUAUAAUGAAAAUCCUUUAAUAUUUAAGGGGAUUUGUAAAUCUAUUAUUAUAUCAGUAGAAUCAAGGCAAGGGGGAAAAAAGUAUACGACAAUAAUUAGUCCUUAUAUUACUCACUUUAAUUUAGAUCCUUCACUAGUAGCAGAUAUUUGUCAAAAAAAAUUUGCUUGUUCUGCAAGUGCAACUCAAAUAAAAGGUUAUUCUGCUCCUAAUAAUAUCGGAGUAGUUAUUCAAGGUAAUGUUGCUAGUAAAGUAGCCAGCUUAUUAUCUUUACAUUGGGGGGUUCCCAAAGCUUAUAUUCAAGUUAAUUAA